AACGGAAAUAUCUCCUUAACUGAAGCUAGGGAAUUGAACCUUCCCACAGACGCAAUAACAGGUUUAAAGAUGAAAUAUCCGUCAAUGAAUUUCGGUCUUAUCGGAGUGAUUUCGCUUUAUGUUCUUUGUAUCGAGUCAUCGAUAUUUGUGACCGAUGUCAAAAUGAAUAAAAUGAUAGAACUAAAUGCAAGAAAGCCACAUUGUCGAUUACACCUCGAUCGGGGUACAAUUCAAUCAACUGUUCUUAACACUGACCCUUUAAAAAUUCGACAAGUUCCUGUUGAGACGAUAAAAACAUUAGAAAGAGUCUGCUUCGAAGGCAAUCAAUUGACUCGCGAAAUUCAAGGAACGCUGUGGUGUGGUCCAGGAAGUAUUGCGAAGAAUUAUUCGGACAUUGGACGGCAUGCAGAGGAAGAUAAAUGUUGUCGAGCUCACGAUCAUUGUUACCCUCAAAUAGCUCCUGGUGAAUGUCUGAAGUCAAUCUGCAAUCACGGAAGCUUUACGAGAUUACAUUGUGAUUGCGAUGAGAAGUUUCGAAGAUGUCUGAGUGGGUUGAACACUGAACCUGCCAACACAAUUGGAGCAGCCUUCUUCAAUGCGGUUCAGGUCACGUGCUUUGACUAUCGAAGGCCUUGCAGUACUCUCCAAAGUCACGAGUGUAAAUUGGCCUUUUAUCCAUCAAAGCGAUUCGAGAUAAAUCAACAAAUUUACGACCCAACAAAUAACAUGAUUAGGGCUGAAGCUCGAAUUGAUACAGAACCUGAAUAUAGAAGGAAAUCUAUUGACACGCAAUCAUUUCAACUUCUCCUAUCGGCAUUCUACGAUAAUUUCAUCUACCGUCCAAUGAGAAGCAUUGUCAUUCUUAUAAUUAAUGACGACAUUGAAUCGCCACCAAAACAGCACAAGAAAAAUAAGAAAAGAAAUUUAUACUUUUAUGAAGAGAAUGUUAUUAGAUUAACUUAUCUCACUUUCAUCAUUACUUUCAACAACAGGGUUGGUUACAAUGAGACAGAACAGGAAGAAGUUUGUUCGCGUUACAAAUUCCGACCUUCAGCGAAAUUUCGUGCUCGCGUUAUUACAUACAAAACCUACACAUGA